AUGAGCUUUGAACAUGUUGGUUAUAAAAGAGAAGUUUACGAUAAGAGUAAAAGGCCACGUAAAGGUCGUCAUGAGGUUGGUUGCAAGGACAAGGCAUGCAAGUUCAGUGUGCAUGCAAUGAAGUUACCUAAUAGAGGAGAAUAUUGGCAAGUUCAGACUUUCCACAAAGUACACACCUGUACUGUUGAUGGUUUGCAAGGGCAAUUUUCAACUACGAGUGCGAAGAUAAUUGGUGAACUUAUGUCACCCAAGCUUCGGGCUAAUGGAGUAACAUUGAGACCUAAGGACAUAAUUUGUGAGAUGAGGGUUCAGUGGGGAUUGGAAUGCUUGUAUGGUAAGGCUUGGCAAGGGAAGGAGUAUGCGAAUAGGCUUGUUUUUAAUCCCCCGAAGGACUCAUUGCAACUAUUACCCUCGUAUUUUUAUAUGUUGGAACAAGAAAAUCUUGACACAGUGACUGCAGUGGCUACUAAUGAGGCAGAAAGAUUCAAAUAUUGUUUCUGGUCAUACGAAGCUUGUAUUCAAGGGUUUAGGGAUGUAAUGCGUCCUACGGUUGUAAUUGAUGCGACACAUCUGAAAGGCAGGUUCAAGGGUGAUCUGUUUGUCGCUGUAUGCAAAGAUGCGAACGAGUGCGUAUAUCCAGUUGUAUUUGGCAUCGGCCAUGUUGAGGACGAAAACUCGUGGACGUGGUUUCUUAGCAAGCUACGUGAUGCGGUUGGUUAUCUUGAAAACAAUAUGUUCAUUUCUGAUCAGCAUCUUGGCAUUAAGAAAGCAAUCCAAAAUGAAUACCCAGAAGCGCACCACGUUAAGCCUAUCAAUCAAGUGGAGUUCGAAGUUAAAGACGGGAAGAUGGACGGACUUAUUAAGUUUAUUGUAUUUUUCAAUAAAUGCAAACGUGAAGCCAUUGAAUUCUACGCUGACUACUACAAGACAACCGUUUUGGUGGAGGAUUAUUCGGGAUCCAUUCUGCUAGCAGGGCAUCCUAGUGAGUGGGACAUCCCCCCUCAUGUGAAGCAAAUUGUCAUCUUGCCACCACUUUGGCGAAGCCAAGCGGGAAGACCUAGGAGGAGAAAGAUUCCAUCGGCUGGUGAAGGUAAUUGA